AGUAAACAAGUUCUCGGUGGUCAUUCAUGAUCAUGGCGUCCCUUCCAGUGCCGAGCCAAGUUAGAUGAUAGCACGAGAGGAAAACAACCUUUGUUUUUCCUGAUUCAAGACUUAUAAUUGCACCGAGAAGCUGAGUAGUACGAACAUUGAGGCAGCAGCCAUGACAGACAAUCAAAAGUUUCUUGCAGAUAAUCAUCCCCACCUUGAUUGCAAUGCUAAUGUUCCCAAGCCUUGCCAAGUUCUCAAAAUUGAGACUGGUGUGAAACCCAUCAUGAACGAAAAUGCGCCUAUCAGUCACAUGCAUUCGUUGGAUGGAUGUAAUGGAGAUGGGGAUCACCGGUCUGCUCAGAACUGGCUGACGGAGUUGGCCAUCAUUGCCACCAGCCCUCAAAGCCCCCUUAUGCAAAGGAAGAGUGGGGGCUCAUCUGGGAGACAGAGGCAUCACUCUGAGGGAAGUGUACUUCAUAAACCAACAAGACUAUCAGCCGCAGUCAACUCUCUCAACCGUGCCAUUCACACCUACGCCAAACCCCCUCGCAAUGCUCCACCUCCAUCGUUUCUCAUCUCAUCUUCAUCGUCAUCAUCAUCGUCGUCUCACGUCAACGAUGAGGAUGACUUCAUCGAUCCCGUUGGUACAUGGGCCCCUGAGCUGAGCGAUGCUAGGAUCACCUCUUCUUCACCCUUCCCAGCAUCGCCCAAAGAUUCAGAGUUAGCAGGAGGGGGUACCUGGUCACACCCCUGGCCAGUAGCUGUCUGGAAGUGCUUUCUCAAAGGUAACAUGAUACGAUUCACAUCAGGUCCUCGCACAGAGUGGCGGCUCGCCGAGGAGAUCGGAAGCAACGAGUAUCUAGCCACACAAGCCUGUCUCAUCAAGGAUGAAUCCGGGAGAGGACAGUCCCCUAUCUCUGGGUACGCACCUCUUGGAUUACGCCUGGUCAAGAUAGAGGACCUGAAGCCUAGCGAUCCUAGGCUACCCGACAUCCAUGCUGAAGUCUACGAUCAAAUGAAAUUGACCUUUGACCCUGAUGUCAAAGGUCAAUCGUGUCUUGAAGCCAUCUGCUCUACAGACCAUCCUUUCUUUGUGCGCCAUAAAGGUUGGUCCUCAUACAUACCUUGCCAGACAGUAGUAAGAUAUGGUAUUCCUUGCUCUGAGCUUGAGAGUGGGGAUGUGUGCUUACCCCCUUCUCAUCCUGAUGCAACCAGCUAUAAGGAGUCAGAUGUACUAGAAAGCUUUAAAAGCUAUGACCUUACUCCUUCCGACUCUGCGGCAGUUCUUGCCCUUAGCAGCAUGGCCAGACACCGUAAGGAUCUAGAGAACAGCCCAACGCGACAGAUCCCAUCGUCACCGGUCUCCUCUUCCUGUCAGUUAUCUCCUGGAGGUAGCGCUAGCGCCCCAUCAUCACCUUCCAAGGGGAUGAAGAAGCUCCAGCUGGUGGACCAGAAGGGCAAGAGACCCAUGAAUGCUUUCAUGCUCUUUGCCAAGAAAUUCAGGCUGGAGUACACCCAGCAGCAUCCUGAUAAGGACAAUAGAGCCAUCAGCGUCAUCCUUGGUACCAAAUGGAAGAAGAUGAGGCUAGAGGAGAGGAGAGUGUUCUCUCAGGAGGCCAAGCAUCUUGCUGAUGAACACAAGAAGAUUCAUCCCGACUGCUGGAAGAGAAAACGAGCCCACUCUACAAGCUCUGUGCAUUCUUGACAAAGCUAAUAUGCUGCCACCCAGCCAUUGGUGCCUAUUACUGCAGCUGAUUGAUGAUUGACUAUAGUAUUUCAGCAAUCUCUCAGGAUUAUCACCUUUAUGAUGGAGUCAAACUCAUAGGAAUAUUUAUAGAUGGACGAUUAUAUCCUGUGAAUAUCUGGGGCUAAAAGCUCCAAUAAAGAUAAAUCUAUAUAUAGAUAUAUAUAUUACCACUCAAAGGAGGCAAGGAAAGUGGUCUAUAUGAGCAGGUGGCCUUUAUGUAAAGGUUUCAAUCAGAACACUGUUUAAGGGUUUGAAAAGUGGUCUUUAUCAAUCUUUUUUCAGACUGUCUGUCUUUUUAUACACGUCUCAAACAGGAGAAAUGAUGAU